CGAUAACACUAUUUGGUAAUUGUUAAAAAAUAUAAUAUUAUAUAGUAAAAUUUUUAAUAUGAAUUGUUUCCAUUAUUGUUAAAUAAAUUUGUAUAUUUAAAUAUUGGGAGAAACUUAAUGUUAUCAUAUUAUACGAUUGCUCAUAAUGCAAUCUGCUAAAAGGUUUACCAUAGUAUUACUUCGAAACCGUUGGAAAAACAUCUAUAUUAACUUAAUGAAAAACAAUACAUGGCACACACCAAAUACUAAACAAAUUCAUACAUCCCAUGCAACAAACGAAUUUCAUGAAUACGACAAGCGAAGUGGAUAUGACACAGGAUUUGAUAUUGCUGACACAAAAACUGAAAAAAUCCGUUUAGGUUUUAAACAACUCAAAAAAGAAAUUAAGUUAUGGAAACAAGAAAUGAAAGAACUUCUAGAAUUUGAUCCAAUUCUUGAUUAUAGAGCAGGCAAUUAUUAAUAUAAUCUUUCUUAGCUUAAUGGUCCAUUACCUUCAUUAUUUCUGACCAUUUAUAUCAGUAUUAAUAUAAUACAUAUAAUUCUAAUUUUUUUUUUUUUUAUUUAUACAAAUAUUUAGUUAGACACCUAUAAUAUAUUUUAUUGUUUUAGGAGAAGUUGAUGUAUUUUGGAGAUUUUACGAUAAUUCAUCCUUAGAUCAUUGGAUAGCCACAAGUGAUAGUGAUCAUGCCGAAGGUUUCAGUAAAUGCGAUCUCAAAAUCAGUGAUCAGGGAUAUGGUCUUUUUUCUGGAAAUCUAUGCUCUAGAGUGCCUAAAGAUGGAAAAAUUCAAAAUUCUGGUUAUUGUAAUAUAAUCACUAAACGUGUUUCGGUAACAUCUUUACAUAAACCUAAAUAAAAAAAAAUAUAUUGUGUAUAUUGUUAAAAGUAAAAUUAAUUUGUACUAGAAAUCAUUUCAACGUGACACUUAUUUAGACUGGAGCCCUUAUACUCAUCUUAAUUUGAGAUUAAGAGGUGAUGGACGCAGCUAUCUUAUUAACAUACACGUAUCAGGACAAUUUGAUAUUAUGUGGAAUGAUGUAUUCACAUUUGUAUUGUAUACACGUGGUGGGCCUUAUUGGCAAACAACUAGAGUAAGUAAUAAUAAUGUAUAAUUUAUUACCUAUAUACCAAGUGAUCCAUUUAAGUAAGUACACUCAUUAUCUCUGAAAAAAUUAACUUUUUCCAAAAUUUUUUUCUAGAGCACGUCAGAAACAAACUGCUCUACAAUUUUAUAUAUAUAUUUUUUCAACCCAAACUUAAAAAUGAAAUAUCUCAUCAAUGGCAUGACAGAAACCAAAUGUUUAACUAAAACUAUGAAAAUAGCAAAACAAAAUUAUUAUUAAUCAGAAUUAGACAAAGCUCACAAUGAUUCCAAACUUAACUGGAUAAUAAUUAAAGAUAUUUGUUUAUUACCCAAAAAAUAAAUAAAAAAUAAAUUAUCUAUCCAAUCCAUACAAAGUCCUUUUGGUGAAUAAUUACCUAUCUCCAACCAAACAAACGAAAUAUCAGAUUACUUUAAUAAUUAUUUCUCCACCUCUACACAAAACUUAACAAAACUAAAUAUAAAAAAUCAAUUAUAACAUAAUAUCAAUAGCAUAGAGUUUAUUAAACUAAAAUUAAUAACUCAUCAAUAAUUUUUGAUAAAUUUAACUUUAUUAAAAACAAAACAAUCAUAAUGUCACUUAAACAAGAUUCCUCACUUGGAAUAUACAUAAUUAUUGUUAAAAUUAUUAAAUCAAAUGUAGAUUCAUUAAUAAAAUCACUUUCUCACAGCUUUAGUUUAACCAUCUCAAAGUCUACUUUUCCUGACAAUUUUAAAAAGUCAGUAAUUACUCUUAUACAUAAAAAAAGAUUGACAAAUCAAACAUAGAAAAUUACUGUCCCAUUAUUCAAAUUUCUAAUAUUUCUAAAUCUUUCAGAAAAAUGAUCAUAUAUUAGUUAGUACACUAUCUAAAAAACUUUAAAUUAUUAUCAAAUGCACAAUUUGGUUAUAGGGCUGUUAAAAAUACAGAAAAAUCAAUUUUAACAGUAUCUAACUAUAUUUAUAAUGCAUUUAAAAGUUUAAAAAAUGUCCAACUGUCUACAUAGAUCAAAUGCUUGCGAUACUAUAGACCAUUUAAUAUUAUUAAAUAAUUUUAAUAAAUUUGGUAUCCAAGGAUCAGCUUAAAAAUAGAAAAAAAAGACUUUGAAUAGAUGAUUCCUUAAGUCUACUUAUCUCAAUGUGCCAAUCUCUCUUCUACCCUAUUUAAUUUUAAAAUUGUCUUGGGAAGAGAUAUAUUCAUCCAUAUAAGAUUACCUGAGAAAAAUGAUCAAUUGGUUAUGUUCAAAUACCCUAUUCUUAAAUUUAGAUAAAACCUUCUUAUUACCACACUAUAUAACUAAUUCAAACCAGCCUGUGUAUUCAUGAACAUUUAUGCUCAAAUCCAAAAUCUUGUAUAUGUUAAACUUCAUUAAAAAUAGUAAAAUCUUGUAAAUACUUAGGCAUUAAAAUAUGUCAUAAUCUUAAAUGAUAUAACCGCCUAAAACAGGCAAUGAUAAAACUAAGAAAAGUAAUCUAUGCUUACAAAAAUUGAGCUAAUUUAAUUGAAAUUAAAAAUAUUAGAAUUAUAUACCAAGCUCUAGUAGAAUCUAUAAUUAACUAAGUAACUAUUUGGUGAGAUGCCUACAAUACUACACUAAAUCCAUUAAAAAUAAUAUGAAAAAGAAUAAUACAAAUUAUUUAAAAAAAAUUAUUAGUUUGUAUCACACAGAAUAUCUAUAUAAAGAAUUAAAUGUUCUACCAUUAAAAAAAUUGUACAACACAUUAUAUUAGUCAUGGUUAAAACUCGUAACACAGGACAAUUGUCAAACAUUACUGUACCUUUAAUGCAUAAAAAACUAACUCGAUUUGCUUAUUUAUAUAUAGGAUCAAAUAUAUAAAAUAUGCUUUCAUUAAACAUAAAAACAAAUAUACAACUUUAAAUAUUUGUAUACCUUUAAUAUAGUUGCUAGCAUUUGUAUUUUAUUAUACUAUGUUAUACAUUAAGUCUUCAUUUAUUAAUUAUUGUUAUCUACAUUGUAUGUGUUCAAGUUAAUUGUAAAUUAUUAUUUGAAUGUAUUAUUUUCCUUAUUAUAAAUUGUGAACUCAUGUGCCCCCAUAGAAACCUGUUUAGUGGGGCGCAUCAUCUAUAUGCAGAAAUAAACAAUAUUAAUAAUAAUAAUAAUAUUGUAGAAGCUAAUCAUUUUCAAAUUAUCUUUACCUUUCCAUAUUCAAAUUAUUGUACUUAUAAUUUUUUAAUUUAAACAAAUUGUUUUUUGUAUGGUUAAAAUUACUGAUUAGUAUACUGUUUUUUUUUUUUUUUUUUUUUAGAUACCAUUUUCUAAAUUCUUUUUUGCCAGCAAAGGACGAAUACAAGAUAAACAAGCUCCAUUGCCCCUAGCUAAAGUUACUCAUUUUGGUAUAACUACAGCUGACAGAUGUGAUGGUCCUUUUCAAUUGGAAAUUGAUUAUAUAGGAGCAGAUUAUGAUCCUACGCACACUGAAGAAACAGCUUAUGAAAUGUACAAUAUAAAAGAAAAUUAUAUAAUUGGAACUUAAAUUUAAACAUAUUUGUGUAGCUUAUUGAUAUUUGAUUAUGUAAGUACAUAUGUAUUAGUUAUUAAAAUAAAUGUAAAAUAGAAUAAUUUUAAUCCCAUUAUUGGGUUUUAGCCUAUACAGUUAAAAUAAGUAAACAAAAUUUAAUAUUAAAAAAAAGAGCUAAUACUAAGGAUUAUUGUGUUACUAUUGUAAGUGAGUGGGCCUAAACUGUGGAUAACAAAAAACAAUUCAAAGCAAAGUUCUUUAUGUUUCGAAAAGCCAUAAUAUUUACAAUUGUCAUCAAAAUUUGAUAAUAAAAUUCUUAUAAAAAAAAAAAUUAUUACAUUUCACUCAAUUUUUUCUUGUUGACCACUAAGUACUACUUAUAAUGAACCUCCUGUUAAAUUUUCAAGCAAUUUUGUUUGGUCUGACAGUUUAAUCCACAGAGUACCAACCAACUAAAUAUAAAACUCAACAUUUAAAUAUCUAUAAAUAACUCAAAAAUCACAUUUUUGAUACACUAUAAUGUAUUGAAAAUUUAACCACAUCUAGAAAAUGCAAACAUAACUUUUCUAUUCAAAUUUCAAGUCUAAAAAUAUUUUUAACUAGUAGAUUGCAACAAAAUUUGAAAAUAUUAAAAUUAUUAUUUUUGUAUUAUUAAGUAUUAUUAAAUUUUCUCGGUUUGUUUUUAGGCAUUUUUUCCAUUUUGCUCAAUGAUUAAUAAAAUUAUAAAGAAAAUCAAAAAACAACUUUCUUACUUACUAACUACAUUAAAAUGG